GCAGGAUGGACGGCGGGUCAGGGGGCCUGGGGUCUGGGGACAACGCCCCGACCACUGAGGCUCUUUUCGUGGCACUGGGCGCGGGCGUGACGGCGCUCAGUCAUCCCCUGCUCUACGUGAAGCUGCUCAUCCAGGUGGGUCAUGAGCCGAUGCCCCCCACCCUUGGGACCAAUGUGCUGGGGAGGAAGGUCCUCUAUCUGCCGAGUUUCUUCACCUAUGCCAAGUACAUUGUGCAAGUGGAUGGUAAGAUAGGGCUGUUCCGAGGCCUGAGUCCCCGGCUGAUGUCCAACGCCCUUUCCACUGUGACUCGGGGUAGCAUGAAGAAGGUUUUCCCUCCAGAUGAGAUUGAGCAGGUUUCCAACAAGGAUGAUAUGAAGACUUCCCUGAAGAAAGUUGUGAAGGAGACCUCCUACGAGAUGAUGAUGCAGUGUGUGUCCCGCAUGUUGGCCCACCCCCUGCACGUCAUCUCAAUGCGCUGCAUGGUCCAGUUUGUGGGACGGGAGGCCAAGUACAGUGGUGUGCUGAGCUCCAUUGGGAAAAUUUUCAAAGAGGAAGGGCUGCUGGGAUUCUUUGUUGGAUUAAUCCCUCACCUCCUGGGCGAUGUGGUUUUCUUGUGGGGCUGUAACCUGCUGGCCCACUUCAUCAAUGCCUACCUGGUGGAUGACAGCGUGAGUGACACCCCAGGGGGGCUGGGAAACGACCAGAAUCCAGGUUCCCAGUUCAGCCAGGCCCUGGCCAUCCGGAGCUAUACCAAGUUCGUGAUGGGGAUUGCAGUGAGCAUGCUGACCUACCCCUUCCUGCUAGUCGGCGACCUCAUGGCUGUGAACAACUGCGGGCUGCAGGCUGGGCUUCCCCCGUACUCCCCGGUGUUCAAAUCCUGGAUUCACUGCUGGAAGUACCUGAGUGUGCAGGGCCAGCUCUUCCGAGGCUCCAGCCUGCUUUUCCGCCGGGUGUCAUCAGGAUCAUGCUUUGCCCUGGAGUAACCUGAAUCAUCUAAAAAACGGUCUCAACCUGGCCACCGUGGGUGAGGCCUGACCACCUUGGGACACCUGCAAGACGACUCCAAACCAACAACAACCAGAUGUGCUCCAGCCCAGCCGGGCUUCAGUUUCCAUAUUUGCCAUGUGUCUGUCCAGAUGUGGGGUUGGGCGGGGAUGGGGCUGCACCCAGUGGAUUGGGUCACCUGGCAGACCUGGGGAAGAUGAGGCGAGGUGGGGAGUUGAGAGAAUCCCCAUACCUCCCAGAUUUGCUGAGUCUGUCUUGUGCAAAGGGCCAGAGAAUGGCUUAUGGGGGCCCAGGUUGGAUGGGGAAAGGCUAAUGGGGUCAGACCCCACCCCCUCUACCCCUCCAGUCAGCCCAGCGCCCAUCCUGCAGCUCAGCUGGGAGCAUCAUUCUCCUGCUUUGUACAUAGGGCGUGAUCCCCUGGCACAUGGCCACCAUCAUGUCUAGGCCUAUGCUAGGAGGCAAAUGCCAGGCUCUGCCUGCGUUUUUCUCAACACUACUUUUCUGAUAUGAGGGCAGCACCUGCCUCUGAAUGGGAAAUCAUGCGACGACUCGGAAUGUGUCCUCCUCAUCGAAUGCUCACAUGUUUAAUGGUGAUGCCUCGCGUACAGGAUCUGGUUCCCUGUGCAGUUGUGAAUACCCAGAGGUUGGGCAGAUCAGUGUCUCCAGUCCCACCCAGUUUUAAAGUUCAUGGUAAGAUUUGACCCCAUCUCCCGCAAAUAAAUGUAUUGGUGAUUUGGA